CGCACAAGAGGCUCCACCUCCGGGACACCCAGUCCCGGGCCUUGGCUGGGAGAUGAUAACGUUCAACAGCAGUAGGUUAUGACUGGUGAAACGGGGGACAGUGUGAUAAGCAUACAGAGAUAAGCGAGCAAGAGAUGACGGAGAAAGAACAUAUAGCUGCCUCGAUGGACCCUUGAAGGAUUUCUCUUGGAUCUAUACACACUUGUUUGCUAUUCACUUAUACUAGCUAUCCUGCAAUCUAUCAUGGCAGACUCAAGGAGAGACUCGGAAUGGUCACCCUCAGACCUCACAGCAGUACCUACACCGACCCUCUCACGCUCUCCGACCCUCGCCCUCGACAUCGACAUCAACAACCCAGCAGACCUAGAAGCCCAACUCCUCCGCCUCAAAGAAAGAAGAGACAGCGCCAACACCACUUCCUCAACCUCGUCUUCCUCCUCCGACACUCCUUCAAAACCAAAGCCAAAAACCUUGUCAACAUACCUCACCACCACUCUCUCCCCAUCCUCAAAAUACCUCCAAACCCAAUUCCUCUUCCUCUCUUUCGCCACAGGGAUAAUCGACGCCUGCACGUUUUCCCUCUACUCAGUCUUUGUGACAAAGCAAACCGGAAACACCAUUUUCCUCGCCCUCUCCGCCCUAAAACACACUUCAGUCUCUCAAAACGAAGCCAAUGUCGCAAUCUCGAUAUCCACCUUCUUCAUCUCCGCAGUGCUAUUCGGACACCUAGGCGCUGCAGUAGGCAAACAAACAAGACUCUGGAUGUUUACGAGUAACUGCAUCUCCACAGCCUUGGUAUUUGCAGCCACAGCAUCAAGAUAUUGGUGCAAGCAAGAGGCAACGGGAUCCAUUGCUUUGAUCAUCAUUGCAUUACUUUCCAUCGCCAUGGGUGCACAGGUUACACUUGCUUUUGCCAUCAAGGUGCCUGAUAUCAAUACCACAAUGGUGACGGGAGCGAUUAUUCAAAUCGCAACCGAUGCCAAUAUUUUCAACAGAGAUAAUUCUGCGAGGAGUAGAAGAAGUGUUUUCUUUUUGGCAAUGUUGGGGGGUGCAUUUGUGGGUGCUGGGUGUGCUAGUAGAGGGGAUGCUGUGGUGGGAUUAUUGGUUGCUGCAUGCUUGAAAUUGGUAGUCACGCUUAUGGGUGUGGUUUAAUGGGAGGAGGAGGAGGAGGAGGAG